AUGCAAGUACAACAUCACGACGCUAUUCAAAGACAUAGCGGGUAUCCCUCCAUACAACCAAGAAACGAGAUCACGCAAUUGAGCACAAACCAACGCAUGGAUCCACCCCCCAUUGAUGUUUCACGACACUUGGCAAAUCUCAAGACGCGCCUCAACUUUGCAUGCUUCAAGCUGCACAAUGGAUGGGAAAAUAGCACGCUGAUCGAUGUGGAGCUAAAAUGGAAAAAGAGACAAAAGAAGCUAUACAAUGAAAUACCAACACCUCGUUUCACACAACAAGAUAUCCUCGAUAAACGUGGACAGUUUUCAUCAGCCAAGAUUAAAAAGGCCAAGCUGACACGUACGUAUUCGACACCAUUGAUAUCGACGCGUGAUCCAUACCGUAAACGAAAGCACAGACACCCUGCCCCUGAAAUUUACCAUAACAAUGACAACCAACACCACUAUCAGCAUCAUCCCGUAUCAUCAUCCACAACCAUCUCCACAGCAACCGAACCCAACACCAUGACUACACAGCAAUUCCCAGAAUCUGUUACUCAAGACAACACCACCACCAUCCCCAAUGCUGUUGUAUCAUCAACAACAGACGACAUUUCCCUUGACAACAAUUGUACAAUGAAUGAACAGCCAUCAUCAUCUUCCCCUACCAUGCCAUCAUCACAAAAGUCACCAUGUCAACAACCUGCUGAUGGUGAUGGAGCUGAUGACGCGUUUAUGACUACAGCCACGACACCACCCGUCAAGAGCUCGCUUGAUUUCUUGUCGUAUGCUAUUGAAAUGACUGAAGGAAGUAAUGCGUUGCCAUCGUCACCACAACCACCAUUGGAGGAUACACGUAUGGGUGAUGGUUUGUCAAGCUCACAACCGCAACCUGAUAUUAGCCGUAUUGCACCAACGCUUUGCGAUGAGGAUGAAGAUGAUGUUGGAGGUAGUCAAGAACGAAGUACAUUACAAAAUGGAAAGUGGGAAAGGAAGCGGACUCGUUCUUUUCAAAACGAUGAUCGACAUGGAGGAAGAUACUCUGGUGCUGAAACGGAAAGCGAUGAUCAGUUAAGCCCACCUAGUUCACCUGUAACAGCCGCUGCACAUGCCAUCAUGAUGUUUGUCAAUGAACGUUAUUCGAUUGAUCGUAACUCAAAAUCACCCUCAAUGUACGACUAG